AUGGCCGAAUCUCAGAAAAUUCAUCCCGCUACUCUUGUCACUAAUAUCAAGACCCACGUACCUGUUGUUCUUAAAUAUGACGGUUCCCAAUACAACAACUGGUCUACUUUGUUCAAACUCCAUUGUCGUGCUUAUAUGGUGAUUGAUCAUAUUACUCCGAUUGCUACGGAAUCCGAUGCUGAUAAAGAGAAACCGGCUCCGAAUUCUUCUGAUGCAGCUCUUUGGCACCGACUUGAUGAUAUUGCAAUUGAUACAUGGAAUCGUUUAGAAAAUUUUUUCCACAACAACAAGUCUGCUCGGGCACUUAACCUUGAUGCGCAGUUUACUAACACCAAACUCGAACAAUUUGAUGGUGUUAAACCUUAUUGCACUCGUCUCAAAACCCUUGCUGACAGUUUACGAAACGUGGGUAAUAAGGUAUCCGACAAUCGGAUGGUGCUUCAACUUUUGAAAGGGCUUUCGGAGGAGUAUAAGCCUUUUCGUACAUCUGUUCGACAUAUAAGUCCCUUGCCUUCCUUUGAUACUCUACGUUCCAUGCUUCAACUAGAGGAACAAAGUAACUCUUCGGACCUUGCAAUUGAAGCUCGCGAGGAGGCUCUUCUCACCGCCUCUUCCACGGCGUCACACACUUCUAGUGAUCAUUCUUCAUCUUCUAAAGGGGGGAAUUCACGAGGUAAAGCCAAGGGUAAAGGGAAAGGCAGCAGCGGCAAGGGCAAAGGUGGUGCCGGUCGGAACAACCAGCAGCAACAACAAUCUUCGCAGCAGCAGCAACCGCGCCAAGGUGGCGCCUCCUCCCAACAGCAACAGCAGCAGGGCAUGGGGUGGAUGUUUCCCCCAUGGCCGUACUGGGGCAAUGGCCCUUGGGCAACCCCACCUUGUCCGUACCCAGCCCAGGGUCCGGGCCCAAACCCGUGGACAGGGGCAAGGCCGUACCAGCCUCCUUCUCACGGCAUCCUCGGGUCUCGACCUAAUCAAGCGUACUUCUCAAGCACUCAUCUUCUUAUCCGGGUUAUGUUCCUACCAACAUUGAACAAGCUAUGGACACAAUGUCUCUCACCGAUCCAAAUUACUAUAUGGAUACCGGGGCAACCUCUCACAUGA